AUGUCUGAACUACGUUUCUCGGUGACUUAUUACUUGAACUCAAUGAGGAGCUGUUCGCAGUAUCUCUAUUUCUUUCUACUGCGUGUACUAGAUAGCCUGUUCGGAAGUAACCUCUACGCUCCGACGCUUAUUCACACCCACGCAAAAGGCGUGGUCACGAGGCUCCCAGAUGGGUUUCUGAAUGGUUUCGACAAUCUGCCAUGCGUUGUUAUGGACAAAAUCUUUUUAAAUGUUUCGGCUAGAGAGAUCCAGAAUCUGCAACUGGUCAGCAAGAGGUGGAUGAACCUGAUAAGACCACGGCGAUCUCACUAUGCCAGAAACUCUAUAUCCGAUUUAACGAUCAGUUUCAACAACGGAAUACGUACUAUCACCCAACCGGCAACCAAAACGGAAUCAGUGCGGGUUUCAAGAUGUUCAAAAAGGUGGUGUUCGCAUAAUCUCGCAUCAGCCGUCCCACACAUUUCCAUUGACUGUCUUGAACUUCGAAUUCAUCACAUUAACGAGCAGUUCGACGAGCUACAACUGAGUAAGAUCGAUACUCGAUCAAUCGAUAUCAUCUUCUACAGACCGAUCGAAUCCACUUCCACAGAGCAUAUCGUCCGACUUCUGACGAACAUAUCCAAAAAUCGAUCAAUCGAAGAGGUUCGACUAUCAUCGGAAGUAGCCCAGUCCUCUCCGGCAUUUCUAAGCGAUAUCACAGAUCUCUUCGAUUCUAAGCGAAUUCGGCUGAGGUUGAAUUUAUAG